AUGACAAAGGCCUCCGUAUGGUCAAUUUUGUGCACGAUUUACAGGUGUAUAAUAACACAGAAAAUAACAUCAUAUAUCGUCCGUGCCUGCUGUUGGGCUUCCUAUAAGAGGAAUGUUAAAUACAAGGUGAAAAUGGUUUGUAAACAAAGUGGGACCCCAAAGAUUCUAGCAGCAAAGUGUGAUAGGCAGUGUCCGGCUUCCAACAGUGGGUGUUGUUGUCAUGUAAUGGCGCUCAUAUGGAAACUUGAGGACAUGACGAGAAAGUCAGAGCUAAAAAAUAUCACUCCUGACAACAGAUGCUGCACAUCAAAACCGAGGGAAUGGGGAAAAAAGGGUAGAGGAGAAGUAGAGUUCUCUCCAGUGAUGGCUUUAAAAAUAACGAAACCAAGACAUGCGUCUGACUUACCUGGUAGGAAGAAAAGGAGUAUUGACUCUCAGUUUUACGAUCCCAGACCAUUGAAAUCACAGAAGCUUGAUGCUGAUGGAAUUGUAAAGCUGAGGCACGAUCUUCAGAAAAUAAAUGCUCGUAUACCCUUUGCUGCUAUGUUACCAGAGGAAAAGACAAUUCAAACAGUAAUGACUAUAGUUGGCACUGUUGCUAAAGGUUCAACAAUUCAUAAGCAACUUCAAGAUUAUUCCGGCAGCCUCAAAAUUUGGUAGUAUCGUAUUUUAGUAGUUCCUCCCUUGCUGGUAAAGAAAAUGUGAAUCCUGUCUCAAAUGGGCAAGCACUGAAUUCAAAUUCAAGUUUGAAUCAUGAAAUCUCUGCUCCACCUUCCACUGUGCAGUGUGAAUCAGAAAUGGGACCCCUUAGCACUCCUUCUAAUGAUUAUGAUGAGCUACAGCUUCAGCAGAUAUCAGAUUGUAAUGUUAAUAACCAACAGCAAGAACAGAAUAUUUCAAGUUUUAUUGAAAGUACAACUGAUCCAUCCGAAGCACAACAGCCAACAGUCCAAACAGAAACAUUAUUUAUUGAAACUCUUACAGACAAGCAAAAGCAAAUUGAAAUGGCAACAAGAGGACAAUCAACGAAUCCUGCUUGGUUUGAACAAAAGCAAAACAGAAUAACUGCCAGUAUCUGUAAAGAUGUCUUUUCUCAUAUGCAAAAACAGGGGUCAAAAUUACCAGAAAAUCUAGUAAAAAAAAAUACAGCAAAAGGAGCACCCCCAAAAAUGGUCAGCUAUUCACCAGCUAAACAUCUUAAUUAUAAAAGUAAAGGAUUGAUCUUUGGUAUUGAAAAUGAACCUGUGGCAGCUGAUUUGUACAAAGAAUAUCUCUUGUCAUUGCCAGACAUCAAGGAAGUGACAGUUCAAGAGAUUGGAUUAAUUUUAGACAAAGAAAAUGAUGUUCUUGCAGCAAGUCCUGACAGAAUUGCAACAAUAGUGUAUGCCAAUGGUGACAUUGAAUACAGAAAUGUGGAAAUAAAAUGUUUAGAGUCCAAGCAGGAUAUGUCACCAGAGACUGCAAUAAAUAAUCAUCAAAAGGAAAGCAGUUUCCCAUUUAUGGAACUGAACUCUGUCUUUGUAGUAAAAGAAAAGCACAAAUAUUGGUUUCAGACUCAGAUGCAAAUGGGGGUCAGUGGAAUUCCAUUAACUGACUUUGUCAUAUUUACUAACAACACAUUUCCAGUUUUGGUUCUCAAGGUCACAUCAUCCUCAAGGUGGGAGGAUGAAAUUAAGCCUAGUUUAAUUGCUUUUCACAAGAAAUAUAUCUCAAAAUAA